GCUCUUCGAGUCCGUCCAUGAUGUCCAAAGUCGACAGUGCUUGGCGGUCGAUGCGGCCGCCCGUGAUGCGCAGAGACGGGGCUACGAUUGGUUGCUCCACAUUGACUCGGACGAAGCGCUGCAUUUGCCAAAGCAUGUAGAUGCAAGAGGCUUCUUUGCCGAGUUGCCGGCUGACGUGGACCAGGUGGUGUUCAACAACUUGGAGGCAGUUCCCGAGUCUUUCGACAUCGACGACUGGUUCAAGGAUGUGAGCCUUUUCAAAGUGCACCAAAAUCUUCUUCGGGACACCACGGAUGCCUCGAGCAGCAAGAAGUAUCUCGAGAAGCUGGAGAGGUGGAGGCAGCGCCAGAUCGCCAAAGGAACGGACCCGGAGGACAUUCGAACGAACCGAAGCUUCGACAGCGCGCUGCUGCCGGUGCGGAUCGCCAGGCGAAGGGCCGUUCAAGAGCUCCGCAUCGUGCUGCCCCCUGUGGAGGAGGGAGAUGAAGAGCCUUUCGACUCCGACGAGGAGCCGAGUCGGGGAGCCAAGAAGGCCGAGUUCGAGGACUUGCCCUGCUACUUCGUGGCCUAUGGAAACGGGAAGGCUGCAUGCCGCUUGAGAUCUCCACCGCCCCUGCCGGUGGGCGUGCAUCGAUUCGGAUCAGAUAGCAACGAGAG